AUGGCACCCAGACCGAUCCACUACCAUCUUCCAUUGUUCCCUGGAUUCCAACUGCUAGAUGUAGCGGCCCCACUCGACAUUCUCAAUAUCCGCACACAGUACCCUGACACGGCGGGCAUCACCCUGACGGUCUCAGCCGCAACUCUAGACCCAGUCUCAGUGAAGCCAGUCCCGCCUCCACAAGCCAACUGGAAAUUUGAUAUCCCUACCUCAAGCAUCAACACGGCUUGCAACCAACAUAUGGUGCCACAAUGUACUUUUGCUGAUGUGAUUUCCGCCCUGAAAGCGGGGAAGGUUGCCAAUGAUGGAAGUAGUUACAUCAAGCCUGUCGAUGUGUUGAUUAUCCCUGGAGGACCGGGGACGAGGCUGGAUCGAAUUUACGCCAACGGUACUACAUCUGGAAAAUGCAAAGUCUCCAACACGAAGGAAGUCCAGGACUUUAUCGUCGAUCUUGCGCCAUUUGUUCGGCACAGUGUCAUCACUAUCUGCACGGGCAGCCAUGUCCUUUCCCAAACAGGUCUAUUGAACGAUCUCCAGGCAACCACCAACUCAGCUCGCUAUGAAGAUGUCACCGGGUUAUCACACGCAGUGAACUGGCAGCCCAACAAACGGUGGUUGCGGGAUACUAUACCCAAGCAUGCAGGGUCUGGAUCAUCACUGCUGCCUGGAAUCGAGAUUUGGUCAUCCGCCGGAAUCACAGCAGGGAUCGACGUUAUGUUGGAGUUCAUCUCAGCGCACUAUGGUGGGAUUGAAAUCGGCACACAGACUGCAAAACGGAUGGAAUAUCGGUGGGAGCGGGAACGGGACGCCUCGUAUUUUUUGUGA